CGCACACGCGAGAAGGCAAGAAGCGGGAGCUCGCAGGCAUGACCCGAUGCGGUUCUCGGGUGGACUGAGGCGCGUCCAUCCGGCCAUGUCCCGGGGCGCGCUGUUCCUGUGCCUCUUCACGCUGGCCGUUCACCGCUCGCGUUGCUGGGGCGCCAAACCCCUGCAGUGUCAGGAGAUCUCGGUGCCCAUGUGCAAGGGCAUCGGCUACAACCACACUUACAUGCCCAACCAGUUCCACCACGACACACAGGACGAAGCCGGCCUGGAAGUGCACCAGUUCCUGGCGCUGGUGGAGAUCAAGUGCUCGGCGGACCUGCGCUUCUUCCUGUGCAGCAUGUACACGCCCAUCUGCCUGGAGGACUACAAGAAGCCCCUGCCGCCUUGCCGGAGCGUGUGCGAGCGCGCGCGAGCGGGCUGCGCGCCCCUCAUGAGGCAGUUCGGCUUCCCGUGGCCGGACCGCAUGAGGUGCGAGCUGCUCCCGGAGCAGGGCCAGCAGGACCGGCUGUGCAUGGACUACAACCAGGACCCGAGUCAGAGCACCGGGGCGUCCGCGGGCGCCGGCGCGGCCACUAGCGCCGCGCCGCCCACCAAGCGCCCGCCUCUCAAGCCCUGGAAGAAGGGGGGCCACAAGCACCGCACGCCGCUCGUUGUGCAGGCGGCGGCCCCGGCUCCCAAGUGCCCGCCGCCGGCCGACUGCGCCGCGUCCGCGUCCUGCCACAGCCCUUUCUUCAGCGCCGAGGAGCGCGCCUUUACCGCCUUCUGGAUCGGUCUGUGGGCGGCGCUGUGCUUCGCGUCCACGCUCAUCACCGUGGCCACCUUCCUGGUCGACAUGGAGCGCUUCAAGUACCCCGAGCGGCCCAUCAUCUUCUUAGCCGCCUGCUACCUGUGCGUAUCGGCCGGCUACCUGCUGCGGCUCGCGGCGGGUCACGAGAGGGUGGCGUGCACGCGCCAGCACGGCGUCGAGCACGCGCAGCAGGCCAGCGCCGGCCCCGCGCUCUGCACGCUGGUCUUCCUCCUCGUUUACUUUUUCGGCAUGGCCGCCUCCAUCUGGUGGGUCAUCCUUUCCCUGGCUUGGUUCCUCGCCGCCGCGCUCAAGUGGGGCAACGAGGCCAUCGCGGGCUACGCGUCCUACUUCCACCUGGCCGCCUGGCUCCUCCCCAGCAUGAAAACCAUCGCCGCGCUGGCGCUCGGAUCCGUGGACGGGGACCCGGUGGCGGGCAUCUGCUACGUGGGCAACCGUAACCUAGACAACCUGCGCGGCUUCGUCCUCGCUCCCCUCGUGGUCUACCUGCUGGUGGGCUCCAUGUUCCUGCUGGCCGGCUUCGUGUCUCUCUUCCGCAUUCGGCGCGUCAUCCGUCGCCAGGGGGGCGGCGGCGCGGCCAAGGCGGACAAGCUGCAGCGGCUCAUGGUUCGAAUCGGGGUGUUCACGGUGCUUUACACGGUACCGGCCGCCGUCAUCGCGGCGUGCUACUUCUAUGAGCAGCACAACCGGCAAGCGUGGGAAGCGGGCUACAGAUGCGGGUGCCCCCCCUCCUCCACCGCAGACGGCGCCGACGCUCGCCCCCCGCGGCCGGACUACGCCGUGUUCAUGCUCAAGUACUUCAUGGGGCUGCUGGGGGGCAUCACGUCCGGCGUGUGGGUGUGGUCCGGGAAAACCCUGGAUUCGUGGAGGACGUGGUGCACGCGAUGCUGUUGGAAGAGCAAGACGACGACGUCGUCGGCGGGAGGGGGGUCCAUGUACAGCGACGUCAGCACCGGACUCACCUGGAGGUCCGGGACCGGGAGCUUGGUGUCGUUCCCCAAGCAGGUGCCUCUGUCCCGGGUGUGAGGUGGUGGGACGCUCACUGAGGGGGGGGGGGGGGGGGGGGGGGGGUGACACCGACCUGCUCUUUCGUCCUGAUGACGCCAUCAGGGUCACUCGGGUCCACAUUGCCUUAAAACGGACUCAUUACGGGUUUGCGUCGCGCAUAAAUGGGGGUAUUUAUCUAAUUAUAAUGUACAGAUCAUGUAAUUAUGUAUAAUUGUCACUUUGAUAGAAGAGUUUAUUUUGAAUAAACAAAAACAUUUGAAUUGAA